AUGGGGAGCGCAGGUUCGAUGCUAUCACGGCCACCAGAUAUGCGCCCUGUGAUUCGACACCGGCUGUCACAGGAUAGUCUGCAUCAACUAGAGAAAAAUGCGAGUGCAAACGAGUCGCUCACUUCGUCUAGGGACUCGAGGAUCCAGCACUGGGUACAUGGCCUGGCGCAUGGCACCACGGUGGUUGGCAACUCACUCCUCGAUUUCGGUUUAUACCAUGAUCUUUCUCAGAAUUCGUUUGAUAUAACCGCCAGUUACACGGCGGGAUUCGGUCAACCACCGCCCAACCAUAGGAGCACGAUUACUCGAGAUUUCCCUGGCCAAGUCAAUAACAACACGGGGCAUACUUUUCGACCAGAAUUUAUUUCCCAUCCACCUGCGCCGCGUCAGCAGGUACGGUCAGUGUGUAGGAGUGACCUUCCUGGUAACAAUCGUUUACCAAGCAAAGCCAUGUCGAUGGCGCAAAAGUCGUCGUACGAUGGUACGCUCAAUGGAGAUGGCUCAACAUCCCAGCCACCGACCAAGAAGGUCUUCACCGGAAAACAUUUACGAGCCGCGUCAGCCUUUGUUGACCUAAGCUCGAUGGUGCCUGUUGUUGAACCAGUUGCCGCAAAGCCCUCUAUCCAAAACGCUUCUUCAACUUCUGCUGCCACUGUCGAUGCAAAAUCGAAAAGCCAGAAAGAAAAACACCAAGAAGAGUUCGGAGAGAAGAUACAAGCGGUCUUUCCUGAUAUCUGCGAUGAGUAUGUUAAAAAGUUAUAUGCCAAAUAUAAACCUUUCUUCGGCAACGUGAAAGAUGCGACUAGAAUAAUUGAGCUGGCACUUGAAGACAUUCUUGAACAGCCGUCAUAUCCAAAGAAGAUUCAAAAGAAGCGAAAGCAAAUGGCGGAUAGUGUUAACGACAAUGACGUGAAAGAGGUCCGGUCCGACCCCAUUUAUUAUUUUCCGAUUGUUGUCAAACUACUCGAAAAACAAUUUACUUCGCUGCCGAAAAAGACCAUCAAGCAUAUGGUGGUGCAAUAUAAAACCCUUUUCAAGGCAUAUAUAGCUCUUUGUCAUUUGGGUCAACCUAGUUCGGAUGCGAGCGACUAUUGGGCACGACUGUACCAAGUCAAAGAUCAGCAUCCACCGCGUCUUGCUGAUGUAUUGGAACACGAGAUGCAGGCAGCGAAGAAAGUAGUCGCUGAAAAAGAAGACGCCGAGAGAAAGGAAACUGAAGGCAGACAAGAAAAGAUCAAUGAAGAAGAACACCGGCUGGCCGGAGCAUUGGUCGAAUGUCAAUGCUGCUUCAGCGAAGUACCCCAAAACCGAAUCAUACCCUGUGAAGGAGAGGAAGUGCAUUGGUUCUGCAACUCUUGUCUCAAAACCCAGGCGGAGACACAGAUUGGACUGAUGCAGUAUGAAUUGAAAUGCUUUGACAUGAGUGGGUGUCCAGCAGCAUUCAACAUCAAAAACGUCAGGAUAGUCCUCGGCGACAAGCUGAUGAAACGCUUGGAGGACCUGCAGCAGAUGGACGAGGUAGCUAAAGCUAGCAUAGACGGACUCGAAGAAUGCCCGUUUUGCGAAUUCAAAGCCAUCUGUCCGCCGGUUGAACAGGACAAGGAAUUCAAUUGCCAAAAUCCAGAAUGCGAACGAACAAGCUGUCGGCUUUGCAAGGAAGACUCCCAUAUCCCGUUAAGCUGCAAGGAAGCCAAAGCGGAUCGUGCCACGCAUACACGCCACACCGUGGAAGAGGCGAUGACCAAUGCUCUGAUACGUAAAUGCCCGAAAUGCAAAGUGUCGAUUAUCAAGGAAGACGGCUGCAACAAGCUCAAGUGCGGACGAUGCGGUACCUUGAUUUGCGACGUAUGCAAGCAAGAUAUUUCGAAUAAGGGGUACGAGCAUUUCUCGCGCAAUGUGUGUCCGCUUCAUGAAGUCGACAAGGGUGCCAAUCGGCGAAUGAAGGAGGUCACGCAGGCGGAGAUGGAAGCUGUGAACUCGAUCGUGAACAAGAGUAGGGACAUAGAUCCUGCGCUGCUACGUGUUAGCAAGCAAGUACUGCAGACGAAGCAGCAUGCGCCUGCAGUAACUGUGUCUCUCCUUAUGCCCCCAACGCUCCGGAUGCCUGCAAUACCAAAAGUUUCUGCAGUGCCGAGGUUGCCUGCGGUGCCUGCGGUGCCCAAACUUGCUGCAACUCCAAAAGUACCUACAGUACCAAACCUGCCUGCCAUGCCCCAGAUGUCGCCAUUACCCAAGUGGCCUACAAUUCCCAAGAUGCCAUCGCUCUCAAUACACACCACAUUCCCCAACACCAACACCCCAUAUCCGCCGCAGCAACCCAUCUAUAGGACAACAACAAUACCAUCCACGCAAAAUCCAAAACAACAUACAAACAUGCACACCCACACCCACACGCAUCCUCAUUCUCAUUCUCAUACUCAUAUUUAUCCGCAGCAGCAGCAGCAAUAUCAUCAGCACCCUCUUCACACCACUCCCAGACAUGGCCAUCUCCAGGCCCACCGACAAGAACAACAACAACAACAACAGAACCGACCGUCCUACAACGUCAGUAACAACCCCAACCAAAUCCACAGGCAAAUAUAA